UGGACCUACUGAUGCAAAGACAGUACACUGUUUCGAUAAACACAUGCAAAAAAGACUAGAGAUCUAGAUUUAGAAUAUAGAUUGAAGAUUGUAGAUGCCUACACUGUACCCUGAAACUGAAAGUGUACACAUAUGCUUCGUUAUGAUUUCUACUACAGUACAAUAGACCCUAGAUCUAACUAGAUCUAGACUGACCUGGUCUACUAGUGGUAGGCCUAGAUCUAGAUCUACCUCGACCUCGAGUUCAGUGCGCUCUCCUCUCACUCGCUUCAAAUCAAUUCUCAGACUCCGUGGUCAUAGUCAUGGUCAGCCUGCUUGGACUAGGCUAGAGCGAAGAAGAUAGAGAUUUAAGGGUGCCACCAUGCUGCCCGUCCGUCAUUUGACAUGGUGCAUGCGGAAACACAUCCGUCUGCUGGGUGUCAACCGACAAAACAUUGCCUUGACCAAGGACUUGCCAGUCUUUUCCAGUUUCAAGUCAUGUUUUCUGCCACCGACUUCAGAUUUUUCCACCAACCAUUCAUCUUGUGAGGAACAUGCAGACGUGGCCAGAGAUGCAGUCGACAGCUCUUUGCCACAAAAGCUGUGGAAGCGGAUGAGGAAAGGUGAUCCCGCUCUGAAGGAACUUAUCCAGUUUCCCAACACCCAAAGCAAGAUCAGCCAGUUGGCAGAUAUCCUGGAUUGUGAUGAGUCCUUGGCAACAGAGUUGGUGAAGCGCAAUAGCCCAUUACUGGUGUGCAGUGAGGUUGUUUUCCAAAAGAUUAAAUUGAUCAAAAGUUAUGGAUUCUCUGCAGCUGACAUUAUUUCCAAUCCUUCAGUUCUUCAUCGCACUUAUGAGGUUCUUGAUAGCAGAUUUCAGAGAUUAAAAGAAAUUGGGCUGUUAAAUUCGGUGAGCCUGCGUGCUCUGAAAGAACCGGACAGCAUAUUUGAGGCAUAUUUUGAAAGGCGGGCCGAAGCAUCAAAACUUCUUGAAGGUUUUGCGUCUCCCACUGAUUUCCUUUCGGAGCAAUUGAACUGUGACCUUACAACUAUGGAAGAACUGAUGAGAACAAACAAGUUUUUGUGUUCCAUUUCUCUGGUGCUUGUGAAAAACAAAAUGGAUGUGAUCCGACGUUGUGGUCUCAGUCCUGAUGUUGUGAGGGACAAUCUGGGCAUCUUGCAGCACACAUCAGUGCCUGAACUCGAGAGACGUCUACAACUUCUUCAAGGCAAAAACUUUCAAUCUUCGGAGAGGAAUCCGGGGAUAAAUCAUCUGCUCACUUGCAGUAUUGGGGACUUUUCGCGUGCGUAUAAACUUCUUUCUGAACGCCAGGAUGCUCUUGAAGGGUGUCGGGAUAAAGCACACUAUCUCCAGCUUCGACUUGGAUGUUCAGAAUUGGAGGCUGGCCGGAUGAAAAGCUCCAGCCUCCUCAACAGAAUGUCGGAGAUGAAGCUGCGGAAAAUGCUGGACUUCUUCCUGAAUGAAGUGCAAGUGCCAUCAGAGUUUGUAGUACAGCACAAACGGCUUAUGACUUAUUCCGAGUCCCGCCUUCGCCAUCGAUGGCAGGUGCUUCGUGAUGCAGGAGAGGCGGAUGUAAGCUCUUUAGCUGGGAAGCUUGAUCUGCCUGAAAGCCAGUUUGAGAAGCUUUAUGGUGGUGAUUCGUAGCUAGGCUCUACUGUGGAAAAUUGCCGAAAAACUUGAGUCCCAGUGUCUGCCUGAUCGCCACCUUAGAAUUACUAAAUUUUAUCUGAAAUUUUUGGCUGUUUAGACUUACUAAAACCAUGAGGUCAAAAACCAAAUGCUCUAUAAAAAUCAUAAG